GUGUGUAAUGUGAGCAGUGUCGGGCUUUAGGACUGCACGGAAGCCAGUCUCCGGGAGCCGCUAGCACUCUGCAGUAAAGGAGAGAGAGAGAGAGAGAGACAGGGAGCUGAAGGAGGCCGCGCCGGCGCUGGCGAGGGACGCUGCGAGAAACAGCAGCAGCAGCAGCUGAGGGGAAAGCUCCAGGCCUGCACUGGCAACCGACAAGGGGAAGCUGAACGAGAGGAGGCACUGGUCCCGCCUGGUUCUCUCUGAAACCUAACAACCUCCUCAAUCUGGUCGCAUGAUGCCAUCCAAUACCAACACAGCCCCUGCCCUGGAGGAAGGAGUUGGGACCCAGAUGAAUGAUGAGCAGCCAGAGAAAAAUAGAAACAAGGAGAAAAGACGAGGCAGGCCAGGGAGAAAACGCAAGCAAACUAUGGUCUUCUCCUUUCUCUGGCACCGGGCCAGCUGCGUUCAAGAUAACCGUGUCUACAUGCGGCCUAGCCAGCAGUCCUUAAAGGGACCGCUGGAGACCGCCACCAUAAAGGUGGACAUCAAUGAAGCUUCCAGUGAAAUGGUCACAGCCCCAAAGUGCCAAUCUUCCCAGGAGUCAUCAUCACAGGUACACAAUGGAGAGGUGGAAAGUAACCAGCAAGCCAUUGGCAACUCCCAGCAGUUUGGAGAAAGGAGUGUUCCUGAGAAUGGUGACCGUGGAAAAUCUGUCCCUCAGGCUCAGAACUUGAAAGAUCAAGAGUCCAAUGAAGAAAGCACAAGUCUUGAUGGAGAAGUUGAAAUAGAUUUAGAGAUGGAGAAUGGAUGUUAUACCCUGAAAGAUGGACAGGAUUCUGAAAAGGGUGAAAAUGAGAAGGUACCAUCCAAUCACAGAAAGAAAUACAAAAAGCGACAAUUGGAAGCUGCUGAAAAAGGAUCUGAGGAAGACACCACAUCAACACAGGAAUCAGUAAAAAUAGAGGGAACAAGGGGCCGGCGUCGUGGCCAAUCAGGAUGGGAGAGUAGUCUGCGUCAGAGACCAAUGCAGCGAAUAACGUUCCAGGCCGGUGAUCCCUAUUACAUCAGCAAAAGGAAGAGAGAUGAGUGGCUGGCAAAAUGGAAGAAGGAGUCUCUCACCUCCAUGUAUCCUUCUCCCGGUAGGAGGGUGAGUAAAAAGGCUGCAGACCCCACUGAUGCUUCUCAUUUGAAUGCCACUACAUUGCUUAGCCAAGAGGAAGCACUCUUACCGUGGGGUGAGAUGGAAAGAAUAUCAUAUUUUCCCCGAAGUGGGAAUCUUCACCCCCUCCCCCAGACUGAGGCUGAGAAAAGGGCAAAACUUGUGGCUGUGAUGAAUGCCCAGGAAGAGAGCCCAGCUCAGAAGGAGAAAGAAACAAGCACAAUCAUUUCACAGCAGUCCUCAGAUCCAACACCUUCCAGCAUUUCAGCAAGUCCAGAACCGACAGUCAUCACAAAUGAAACCGCUGAGAAAACUGUGUCCAAACUCAUCGAUGAGGAAGCAGAGUAUGAAGAUGGACGUGGAUUUGGCAUUGGUGAGCUGGUCUGGGGGAAGCUAAGGGGAUUCUCCUGGUGGCCUGGUCGCAUUGUGUCCUGGUGGAUGACUGGCCGAAGUCGGGCAGCCGAAGGAACGCGAUGGGUGAUGUGGUUUGGAGAUGGAAAAUUUUCUGUUGUCUGUGUAGAAAAGCUGAUGCCUUUGAGUUCUUUUUCUACUGCCUUUCACCAGCCAACCUAUAGCAAACAGCCUAUGUAUAGGAAAGCAAUUUUUGAAGUCUUACAGGUGGCAAGCAACAGAGCAGGAAAACUCUUUCCAACACAUUCUGGGAAUGAUGAGUUAGAUACUGCCAAAGGUGUGGAAGCCCAAACCAAACAGAUGAUUGAAUGGGCUUUGGAAGGAUUUCUACCUUUGGGGCCAAAGAGUUUGGAACCACCAGAAGAGGAACGAAAUCCUUACAAAGAGGUUUAUACAGAAAGUUGGGUGGAGCCUGAAGCUGCUGUUUAUCCUCCGCCUCCCCCAGCCAAAAAAGCAAGAAGAAGCACAGAGAAGCUAAAAGUCAAAGAAAUCAUAGAUGAACAGACUCGAGAGAGGCUAGUCUAUGAUGUGAGGCAAAAUAGCAGAAACAUUGAAGAUAUCUGCCUUGCCUGUGGAAGUCAAAAUAUUUCUCUUGAGCACCCUCUCUUUAUUGGAGGCAUGUGCCAGAGUUGUAAGGGCUUACGGCAAGUUAAAACUGGGAAUUGCUUCUUGGAGUGUGCAUACCAGUACGAUGAUGACGGUUACCAGUCCUACUGUACCAUCUGCUGUGGGGGCAGGGAGGUACUCAUGUGCGGAAACAAUAAUUGUUGCAGGUGUUUCUGUGUGGAAUGUGUGGAUCUGUUGGUUGGACCAGGUGCUGCACAGGCAGCCAUUAAAGAAGAUCCCUGGAACUGUUACAUGUGCAAUCAUAAAGGAAUCUUUGGACUGCUAAGGCGGAGGGAGGAUUGGCCAGUCCGGCUCCAACAGUUUUUUGCUAAUAACCAUGACCAGGAAUUUGACCCACCAAAGUUGUUUGCACCCAUUGCUGCUGAGAAGAGAAAACCCGUUCGAGUACUGUCACUUUUUGAUGGCAUAGCCACAGGACUCCUCGUGCUGAGGGAUCUGGGGAUUCAAGUGGAACGCUACAUUGCAUCGGAGGUCUGUGAUGAUUCCAUCACAGUGGGUAUGGUCCGGCACCAGGGGAAGAUCAUGUAUGUGGGAGAUGUUCGAAAUGUUACUCGAAAACAUCUACUGGAGUGGGGACCAUUUGACCUGGUGAUUGGUGGAAGUCCCUGCAAUGAUUUGUCCAUAGUGAAUCCUGCCAGGAAAGGACUUUAUGAGGGCACAGGCCGCCUGUUUUUUGAGUUCUACCGACUUCUCCAUGAAACAAGGCCUAAAGAAGGGGACAACAGACCAUUCUUCUGGCUGUUUGAAAAUGUGGUGGCAAUGGGAGUUAGUGACAAGAGGGAUAUCUCCCGCUUUCUCGAGUGUAAUCCUGUGAUGAUUGAUGCCAAGGAAGUCUCUGCUGCCCAUCGAGCCCGGUACUUCUGGGGUAACCUUCCUGGUAUGAACAGGUUGGUGAAAGAACGACCAUUGGUUGCCAUGUAUAAUGAUAAGCUUGAUCUUCAGACAUGUCUGGAGCAUGGCAGGACAGCAAAGUUCAACAAAGUGCGAACCAUCACCACUAGAUCUAAUUCUGUCAAGCAGGGCAAAGACCAGCAUUUCCCAGUCCUAAUGAAUGAGAAGGAAGACAUUCUCUGGUGCACUGAAAUGGAAAGGGUGUUUGGUUUCCCAGUCCAUUACACAGAUGUCUCCAAUAUGAGCCGCCUUGCCCGACAAAGACUUCUCGGGCGAUCCUGGAGUGUUCCUGUCAUACGUCACCUGUUUGCACCACUGAAAGAAUAUUUUGCCUGUGUUUGAAAACAAAGAAGACAAAGGAACUUAUUAAAAAAAGGUGGAUAGGAGCAGCAAGAAGAAGCUGGAUUUGAACAGAGCCUGGAACAUCAAGUCAGCCAGCUGAGCCUUGCCUUACCAGCACCAUUUCUGGUAUCUAUCUCGAGCAAAAAAAUCAACGCUACAUACAAAUACUAUAUAAUAUUUCAGGUGCCUACAUCCAGAAACCAUGAAGAAACAGUAUAUCAGCUGCCAGUACCUCUCAUUUACAAUACACUGAUAGUUGUUCGAAAAAGGUACUACUGUGCAACAAUUUCUGCAAUGGUGCUUUUACAAAAGGUGAUUGAAAACAUCAGCUCUGAUGUUGCCUUACCGUUUACAAGAGGCAGAAUUGUAAAAUAAUCAGGAAAGAGCAACAUUUAAUGUUGUUAAGGUGGUCUUUAGUGGCUUGAGUGUGAAAAUGUAGUAAUGUUUUCAUUUUCUCAACAAGUCACUUUUAAGGACUCUUGCCAUGACUGUAAUUUUUCUAUCAUGUUUGUACAAUAAGAAAAAAUAUAUAACAGAAAAUGGUGCUUUUUUCUUAAGCUUUCAUCCUUGGGCUAAGGCCUGGUGCUUACUUCACAGGUCACUUAUAGGCAGCACAAAUAGCCAGCCAACAUGCAGUGAUGUGUUUGGUCAUCCAAAACUAAAUGACAGGCUGCAGUUUUUUACUGAAGGACUGAUGAAUUUUUUACAUCUGUGUUUUCCUUUUAUUUUGGUUGAAUUUUUUUAAAAUUUCCUAAGGGGUCUCUUUUAUACCAGGAAAUACCCCUCCUUGUAGCUGCAUAUAAUCAGGUACAAGUCAAUACAGUGCAGCUUGAUGGUGUAAUUUUGCCUCUUUUUUUUCUUUGUUCCCAUUUCCUUCCUUAUCCUUUGGCUUUUUUUUUGUUAAUCUACGUUUUUUUUGUUUAUAAGUUGUUUAUGCGAAUCGUAUUUCUGCUGUCAGUACUUGAUCAAACACAACCGUCAGUUUUCCUUGAAGCAGUUGUCGAUUCAUAUGGUGCUACACAUUUUUUUUCUGAAAUAUUGAAAGAAAUCUGCUUUCUUGACAAUGAUUUAUUAAGUUCUCAUAGUCAAGGAAAAGCACUAUUAUUUUACUCUUUUAAGAAAAGAAAAAGGCAUUUUAACUUUGUACUUGAAAAGAAAAAAAAUCAGUUUCAUGUGUUUUAGCCUAGACAGUGCCGUAGUUGGUGCUUAUUUGUGGGAAUCAUGUAUUCAUAUUGAAGACAAUGUAGUAAAUUUGCUAAUACUUUUACUGUUACAUAUGUAUUUGCUUGAUCCCCAGCAGCAGUGCAUUUUCUUUCCACAUUCCACGCAGCAAACAGUAUUUCUUUGGUUUUAUUUCUUCAUUUUACUGUCAUUAUAACUUUGAUAAUAUUUAUUGACGAUAAUGUGCAUUUCAAAGUUGAGAUUUCACUGAAGAUUGUAUUUCAGUGAAUAUUGUAUUACAGUGUAUUGCUCGUGACAUAGCUGUUUAUGGAAAGGUCAGUACGUGGAGCAGAUGUAGCAGUCAACCUCCACCCAUUUUCAAUGCGCAAAAUGCUCCUUUCUGAUGUACUUGUGCUGGAGAACACUUGAAUAAAUGUGUUGGUUUUUUUGUGCAAAGUGUACACGGUUGUGUAUCGGCUUGUUGUGUAUUCUUUUGUUCUUCUGGUAUAUUGUUUCUUUCUACUGUAGAUCCAGUUGGCUGACAUCUAGGGGAAAUAAAAUCACGCCUUUGUGUGACCUGGUUCCCUUAAAUUAAUCAGUUAGUUGAGUAGGAUGUUUGCUGCUGAGGAGCAAAAAGAAAAUUCCAGAAGUUUUAUUCAGAAACAGCUAGCUUAUUAUAUUGGCACACUAGGAAAAACGUUUCUAGUACUGUAUGUGAACAUUUUCAAACUCCAAUAUUUCCAUUUAUCAUACAAUGAAGGAACUCUGCUAUCCUGAAAGCUAAUGUAUUUCAGAUAUGUGCAUCUGAUCCUGUAAAUGGAAUCAAAUGCAACUCUGGCAAAUUUAUCAGAAACCAAUUCUCUGCCUAGUAUUUUAAACUGUGUGCUGCUGUGCUGUGGGGAAAUGAAGCUUGUAACACUGCAGUUUUUUCACCGCAUAGGUGGCCACACUUUGCUGCCUCCUUGCUUACCUGCUGACUUCAUUGUGGACAUGUUUCCCAGUACAAAUGGUCCCAGGUGCGUCACAUUAUCCAGAGUACUGAGUUACAAAGUGCUGAUUUUAUUAGAUAAUACACUUGUUGCACAAUCAACAUAAAAUUAAAGAACGAAAUGUUAAAGUUGACCUGUGGGGGUUGUUGUGGCACAGUGGUCCAGGUUCAAGUCCCACCUGCCCCCAAGAUGUGUCAUAACAUGUCCAAAAAGGUUAAUGAAAAAUAGUGAUUGAAGAUGACCUGUGCAAAUCUGUUCCUUUUGGAGCAGUGUUAGCCUAUAGUUGGGGAAGCACUUUUUAACUGGUAACAACUUGAAGGACUAAAAAGCUCUUUGUUUUCCCUCCUCUUCUAUAGCAUCCAGUUUUUUUUCAGAAGGGAACGUUUAUGCCAAUAAAACUCAGAGCUUCUUGUAAAAUCUAUAUUCAAAUAACAUCCCAAUUAGAACAAUUAGUUCAGAUUAGUAACUAAUUACGAAUACUUAUUAAGUUUAAAAAAAUGUAGGGCUGGGGUAACUCCUGAUACUCCAGUAGCCAGCAGAUAUAAGGCCCCACCCCCUUAAUGAUAUAUUUUUCUAUUUAUAUUCUCCCAAUUUUUACCAUUUUUCCCUAACAUGACUGCUCACCUCAAUGCUAUUUUUCUUCAGCUAGGACAGUGGAGAGCUCCAAGCUGUGGUUUCUUUAGAAAUUAUACUACUGUUUCUUUAUCUUCAACUAAUAGUCAAAGUGCAAUUAUCUGGAAUAAGCAGGCACUAAUCCUCUAUUAAAAUUGAAAAAUUCUUGAGAGCACUUGCUGAGCUGCCAGUUUAAAAAAAAGGUUGAAUUGAUCUCAAUUUUAAAAAAGCAUAUUCAAGCAAUAUCAAUAUUCUUAAUUUUAACUUGCAGUCUCUGCAUUCUAAGGUGCUCCAGACAUUGUAGUGUUUUGUUAACCAGUAGCAUUUAUCAAACUCCUAACUGGUGAAGCAGCCAAUUUGCUGCAAUGCUUGAGGAUUUGUCAGAGGGCAAGUUUAAAGGAAAUUUUUCUUUGCUUGUGACUGGACUGCUCAAUAUGGGAUUUUCGAACUGCAUUAAACUCCAGCUCAAAAGAAAAGAAAAUUAGGAGAAAGCCUGACCCAUUUAAGUUUCUUUUCUGCUGAAUGAUCUUAGCACAGCAACUCUCCACAGCUUGGGACUGUCCCUUCCUCCCCACUGAAGAAUAAAGCAUAAUGGUGCUAAAGGGUGGCAACUGUAAGGAUCUAAAGGGGGGGGGGAAGAGGUACAAAAUAUUUUUUUAAAUGCUUAAAAAAGUACUCAGUACAUAAAAAUCUAGCUGUGAUAAAUUUGGAGUCCAUUCUGGAGCACAUUGUAUCACACCAGGGUUAAUGGCAACUCCAGUGCACAGAAAAACUAUCUUAAAGGGGCACUGAUGUCACAAAAAAGUAUUUUGAGAAAACUUUUUUUGUUUACGAAUUCAUAAUGCAAUUAUGUUAAUUGUUCAAAAAAAUCACUGAAUCAGUCAGUCAUGAUAUCAUCAUGAUACAAAAUGGUGCAUGCCUAUUUUUUUCGCCAAACAAAAAAGGUUUGCCAAACACUUUUUCAUGAAUACAGUAUCCCUUUAAAUGUUAAAAUGAGGUAUUCUCUCAUCUCUUUCCUUUAAUAUAUAUAUACCCACACCCAUCAUUGAUAUUAUGAUUAUAUAAGGUGUAACCCUGCUAUGUGACUGUUACUGUAAGGAUGGUUAAUGUAACUGCUCAAAAUUUAUACUGGUACAUUUAUUUGUGACUGUAUGUCUGUUAAACCUCAAUAAAAUGUUAUACAAAAUUGCACUGCUAAGCAACAAAUGUA